CCCGUCCCGCGGCGGCGGCGGCGCGCGAGGGAAGAUGUCGGGCGGCGACGCGAAGAAGCUGGUGCGCUCCCCCAGCGGGCUGCGCAUGGUGCCCGAGCACCGCGCUGCCCGCAGCCCCUUCGGCCUCGACGAGCCGCCCUGGGUGCCCGACAAGGAGUGCCCAAGAUGUAUGCAGUGUGAUACAAAAUUUGACUUCAUAACUAGAAAGCAUCACUGCCGAAGGUGUGGGAAGUGUUUCUGUGACAAGUGCUGCAGUAAAAAAGUGCCUCUGCCUCGCAUGUGCUUUGUGGACCCCGUGCGCCAGUGUGCGGAGUGUGCCCUGGUCUCGCAGAAAGAGACAGAGUUCUACGACAAACAACUCAAAGUGCUCAUGAAUGGUGCUACAUUCUUUGUAACUCUGGGAACAUCUGAUAAAUCUGAGCUCAUGGUUUGUAGACUUUCCAACAACCAGAGAUACCUGGUUUUGGAUGGAGACAGCCAUUAUGAAAUUGAAAUUGUACAGAUUUCAACUGUUCAGAUACUUACAGAGGGAUUUACUCCUGGAGAAAAAGAUAUUCACACUUACACCAGCCUUCUGGAGAGCCCGCCUGUUACUGAAGGAGGCAACACUCGUGCCGUAGGAAUGAUCCUGCAGUACAAGGUUCCAGGGUCGGAGGAGGUGACACAGAUGAAGUUUACUGCUGGUGAAGACUUCAGCUGUAACAAGAAGCUGUCAGCAGCCUGGCUGGCAGCUAUGCACAAGGCAACAAAACUUCUCUAUGAGUCUCGGGACCAGUGAGAACUGCAGAUGUGGCCUCCUGAGGGCACACCAGACACCAGCCUCCACAGACCUGCCUCUCACUUUGUGCUGAUUUGACAGCUGGAAAUAUUUGCUGUUCUUGACUCUCUCUCAUUCCAGUGUAGUUCAUUAUGUAAGAACAGGCAAAUGCAAUGUGAGUAUUUUUUUGAACCAUGAGUAUUCACGGUAGUGUGCAAUAUGUAUACAGUUAAUGCUUUAAACAGCCUCACCUUUUAAGACUUUGUAUAUUUUGUUAAGCCUUUACUGGCACUUAAUAUGAAAGUGACCUGCACUACAGCUAAUGUACAGCACAACUUUUAUAGUAACCAUUAUAUAUACUGUUUGCUACAGGAAGCAAACAAAUGUGUAUGUCUCUUCUGCAGAGAAUAGCUUUUGGGUAUAGAUCUCAGGUUUUUCCCUCUAUCCAAAUGUUUAAAAUCAAUGUACAAAAAAAAUCUGCCUUAGAUAUGAUUUUAUAGAAAUCAUGUGAGUUUUUUUAAACAUUUUAUUUUAAACAUCUAAAUAUUUCACCAAAUACCACCAAAUUUGACUUACAUGAACUUGACCUUGAAACUUCACUUCUGUAAUAAGCUUCCAAAAUAAUUUUUAGUUUUGUAUUUUCUUUUUUGGUAACUAGCUUUUGUUAAUCUAACUGUAAUGCUAUCUGAAAUUGUAUACAAAUUAAUGUACAAAUAUGAAUAAAUUAAUUCACUUAUUUAAAAAAA